CAGCACGGGCAACAGUGAACAGGCCAGGCUACUUUGCAUGAAGGAAAAGCCUUGGGGGGGGGGGGGAAACUUGGUGUUUGAUAAAGGACUUGAGGAAGAGAAGAGCAGCUGCCCCUCCUUUCCCAUCAAAUCGAAACAAAACUGAGACGAGGAAAAAAGAAAAAAAAAAAAAUCGAGUCUACGCGGGACCCCAGAGGAAGGAAGCAGGACCGCUAACCUAAGAAAACCGGAGGCGCCGGCAUCCAGGAGGGAAUCCCGAGGGCGGAGCCCACAGGGGAAGGAGGUGUGGAGUCGAGUCGGGGAGAGUUGCCGAGAAGUGGGGGACAGGGAUAGUGAUGGGAGAAAAGACGGCCAGGCAGAGAGAGGGGUGGGGCUGCCGGGCAGUGCCCCGGGCAAAUGUCACUCAGAGCCGGGGGAGGGGAGGGUCCGAGCGCAGGGAUCCCCGGGCGGAGGAUCGCGGCUUCAGCAGCUUCGAGCCACACACAGCAGCUUAACGCGGCCCGCCCUGGGGUCCCUGCCCGGAGCCCCCGGGUCGCGAAGGUGGGAAGCGGCAUCGCAGAAACCCAGAGCCGGAGGCGGCUUUACCUUCGCAGGAGGCUGGAGGCGCUCCAGCCCGAGCUCCGCCCGCCGCCGGCUCCACGUCUUGAGUGGGAUGGAGGCGCCGCCGGCCCCGUCCCCUCUCGCUUUCCUUUUCCCCGCCGGGGCCUGUCGCCGCGGGUUCCUGCGCCGCGGCCCCCACCCCCUCCGCUCCUCCCUCUGCCUCUCAGAGGCUCGCCCUGGACGCCGCCAUCUUCCACCAGGCUUGCGAGCGCUGAGCCCUAACGCGCGUGCGUGGCCGCCGCCCCGGCCGUCACGAGACCCUGUCAGCUGACCUCGGCGCUUCCGCCUCGCGCCCCGCCCUCGGGAGCACUGUGCUCCCUCCCUCCGAGGCCCAUUCGCCGGCUUCCGGGAAGCGCCGCGUGCGCGCCGCCCGCCGUUCCGCCUUUCGGGAAGAGCGCGUGCGCUUAGCGAAAGAGAGCCUUGGCCCAAGCAGAAGGCGAGGCGCCACGCCCCCUGGAGCGGUCCGAGAGGCCACGCCCCCUGAAUCCCUGGAGACACGCCUCUCAGCCAGGAGCUGGCGUUGGCUACUGUAACUGCAAAGGAGCAGCUCUGUUACCUAGCCCUAGUCUUCAGUGUCCUGGCGCAUCUAUGAAGCCCUCGAAAGCCUCAGUGCGCAUCUCUGGUUUAGCUGCAUCGUGGGCAUAACUUUUACUCGCUACUGACACACCCUGAACGCGGAUUUAAGUUUUGAGUGUUCAGGGAGAUAAUGGAGACCGAAGUCUCAGAGGUCAAAGGUCUUUGCGGGUGAAGUGUUGGGACAGUUAACACUGCUGCCUUCCUGGUCCUCUGAUCCCAGAGCCAGGAUUUAAUUGGCCAGGUACUUAAGGCCAAUUAACCUACAGCCGCCUGAGAUAGGGAUUAUCCUCUAUUUUCAGAUAAUAAAUUGAUGCGUAGUUC